CUUUCUUUCUUUUCAUUUUGUAUUUUUUCAGCAGCCACCAACUCCAUUGUGUCGCCAUCAUUGUCACAGUCGUUGCCGACACUGUCGCCAUUGUCACGCUGUGUGAAAAGUGUCCCUUCCAAAUACACUUUUUCCUACAUUUAGCGAUUGCUUUGUUAGUUCGUUUACAUUGAAAGGUACUUGGCCUCUCGCUGUUACUAAAAGUUUGACGCAUUCCUGUAAAAUAGUGCAAAAUUUAUGUGCAUGCAGUAUAGCAGUCUUCAUAAAGCAACAAAAAAAACAACUACAGCCAUUUCAUCGCAUAUAAUUUUUUUCCUUCGUUAAAACAACAAAACACCGCACGCAUGUGGCAACAAAAUUUGACGCAACAUUUACCACCACAACUCCAUAGCAAUCGUAUUUUAAAAACAACAGCAACAACAACAACCCGAACGACAACAUAUUACAACAACCAGCGGAAUUGAUAAGUGCUAACACACGAGCCAGCACGCACGCACACACAUACACCACCACAUCCCUAGCGACGUUCGUGUCAAAGGCAACUAUGCAUUUGACACAACACAGCAACAACGAUGAUGAAUGUGACAAUUCAAUAUCAUCAAUAAGGGCGACAACAUUAGCAACAACAGCUGGAACAGCAAUCACUUGCCACACGCGUUGUACUCAACGAGAACAACAACAACAACAAAGUGCUAGCUGGAAUCGACCAAAUAAGCUCAAUGGCAAUUUUGGCCACAACUCAGUAGUGGAGCAAGUCAAAAAUACGCCACAAUUACGAAAAUGGUGUUGCGUUCGGCCACGAGUGCCACUCACAUGCCGAAGGGCAACAAGAGUAGUGUCAGCGCCAGCGUCAAUGCCAGCAAAAACAAAUAGAGCCAACACUAGCGGCAACACAGGGGCCACCACAUUUUUACAUAGUAGCAACUUUUUUACGUAUGCAUUAGUUGUUAUAAUAUUUUUAAGCAGCUGUAAUGUAGUGACUGUACGUGCCAGCGGCGAUGGUGACGGCCAAGCGCCAAUUAGUCAUCAAAUUGUAAAUACGAGUAGCAACAGCAACGAUGCAACGAGUAGCAGUAAUUAUCGCAAUACACUGAAGGAGCGCACAGCGGAUGCCUAUCAGUAUGAUGUUAUUAACAAGAACAACAACAGCAACAACAACAAUAAUAAUAAGAAUAACCACCACAACGACACAGCUGUCAAUAUCAUACUAAGCGAUUAUAGUGAAGCCUUCACCAGCCUGGUAGCCGCGGGGCCACUAAACGAUGUCAGUGGCAGUGGCAGUGCCAGCGACAGCAGCAGCAACAGCGGCAGGGAAAGUGAUGCUGUUGAUAUGCCCAUUGGGAGUGGCAGUGACAGUAGCAGUAGUAGUGGUGGUGGUGGUGGUAGUGAUAAAAUUACUAAACCCACAGUUUACGUGCAAACAAAUUCGGCGGCGAGUGAUGCGCCGUUCGACUUGCACAAUGAGCUAUUGGAUAGCCUGCGUGGCACGCACAGCCUGCCACAGCAACCAACGUAUACGAAUGAUUUUGCGGUGCACAUACCGGCCGGCAGACAAGUGGCCGACGUAAUUGCCAGUAAAUAUGGAUUCAACAAUAAGGGCCAGAUUGGUGCCCUCAAAGACUAUUAUCUAUUUCAUCAUCGUCAUGUCGCCAAACGUUCAUUGCGUGUCAGUGACGAGCACCAUAACGCCUUAAACUCUGAACCGGAGGUCCGAUGGAUGCAACAACAACAUGAAAAGUUGCGUAAGAAACGUGACGGUUCCUACACCACCUUACCGGGCUACAGUCCGUAUGAUGUGAUAAGAUCAGGCUCUGGUUUUGUUAGCGCACCUGGUCCCCGCCUUGCGUAUCAGCCAACAGCGUCAGCGCGCAUCGGCUCGUCUUUACUCUCGCGCGCUCCUCGCAUUCAAUAUCGUGCAGCGACGUCGCACAACAUAUUUCCUGAUCCUUUAUUCAAGGAACAGUGGUACUUGGUGAGUGAAAAUGGCGGCGCCAAAGAUGGUCUUGAUAUGAAUAUCGGCCCGGCCUGGCAGAAGGGCUACACCGGCAAAAGUGUUGUUGUUUCUAUACUCGACGACGGCAUACAAACGAAUCAUCCUGACCUUGCGCAAAACUAUGACCCCGACGCCUCUUUCGACAUUAACGGCAACGAUUCGGAUCCAACGCCACAAGAUAAUGGUGAUAACAAACACGGCACCCGGUGUGCAGGUGAAGUGGCUGCGGUCGCAUUCAAUAACUACUGCGGUGUUGGCGUAGCUUACAAUGCGAGUAUUGGUGGCGUCCGCAUGUUGGACGGCAAAGUGAAUGAUGUUGUAGAGGCACAGGCAUUGAGUUUAAAUCCAUCGCACAUUGACAUCUACAGUGCCUCUUGGGGUCCAGAGGACGAUGGCUCGACCGUAGAUGGUCCGGGACCAUUGGCGCGGCGCGCUUUUAUCUAUGGCGUGACAAGCGGACGACAGGGCAAAGGCUCAAUAUUUGUAUGGGCAUCGGGCAAUGGUGGACGCUACACGGACUCAUGCAAUUGUGAUGGCUACACGAAUUCAAUUUUCACAUUAUCCAUUUCGAGUGCAACACAAGGCGGUUUCAAACCUUGGUAUCUAGAGGAAUGCUCCUCCACACUGGCAACCACCUACAGCUCUGGCACGCCCGGCCAUGAUAAAAGCGUAGCUACAGUCGACAUGGACGGUCGCCUACGGCCCGACCACAUUUGCACUGUCGAACACACCGGCACGUCUGCGUCAGCGCCCCUCGCUGCAGGCAUCUGCGCACUUGCACUCGAAGCGAAUCCCAAUCUGACCUGGCGUGACAUGCAAUACCUCGUCGUUUAUACUUCGCGCCCGAGUCCAUUGGAGAAGGAGAGUGGCUGGAUAUUGAAUGGUGUCAAGCGAAAGUACAGUCACAAGUUCGGUUAUGGUCUUAUGGAUGCCGGCGCCAUGGUAAGUUUAGCCGAACAGUGGACCACUGUACCGCCGCAGCAUAUUUGCAAGUCACGCGAAAACAAUGAGGAUCGCAAAAUCGAAGGCACCUAUGGCUAUACGCUGGCCACACAUAUGGAUGUGAAUGGUUGUGCAGGCACGAUCAAUGAAGUGCGCUACCUGGAACAUGUACAGUGUCGCAUAACGUUGCGUUUCUUUCCACGCGGCAAUCUACGCAUCUUACUCACCUCCCCCAUGGGUACGACUAGCACGCUACUAUUCGAGCGUCCACGCGAUAUUGUCAAAUCGAACUUUGACGAUUGGCCCUUCCUGAGCGUGCACUUCUGGGGUGAGAAAGCAGAGGGACGCUGGACGUUGCAAGUGAUCAAUGGCGGUCGACGUCGUGUCAAUCAACCGGGUAUACUCUCGAAGUGGCAAUUGAUCUUCUACGGCACCGCAGUGCAACCAAUGCGUUUGAAGAGCGACUUGAUGCAGCAACAGAUGCGUGUUUCAGCAGGCGUCAAUCCGUACACCUAUCCAACUGAAUCGGAUCUGGGUCAGCCGACGAAUGACGGUGGUUACUAUAAUGCCGAUCAAUUUGCUGGCUAUCUGAACUAUCAGAAUCUCUUCACUGGCGCCGGUUCGAAUCCAGAACAAGCCGUGGCCACUGUAGAUGGACAUAAUAUACCAACACCACAACGCCAAAAUGUGAUGGCCGAUUCGAAUAACAAACUUGUGUUGCACGAUUGUGACCCCGAAUGUGAUUCGCAGGGUUGCUAUGGACGUGGGCCAACACAAUGUGUAGCCUGCAAACACUACCGACUGGACAACACCUGCGUUAGUCGCUGUCCUCCGCGCUCUUUCCCCAAUCAAGGCGGUGUGUGCUGGCCAUGUCAUGAGUCCUGUGAAACUUGUGCGGGUGCUGGGCAAGACAGUUGUCUGACUUGUGCGCCAGCUCAUUUACAUGUCGUCGACUUGGCUGUGUGUCUGCAAGUAUGUCCGGAUGGAUACUAUGAAAAUUAUGAUAACAAAACCUGUGUGCCCUGUGAGGCCAAUUGCGCUUCGUGUCAGGAUCGUCCCGACUACUGUACCAGUUGUGAACACCACUUAGUCAUGCACGAGCACAAAUGCUACUCCGCCUGUCCUCUGCACACCUAUGAAACGGAAGACUACAAUUGCGCGUCAUGCCAUUCAUCUUGUGCCACUUGCAAUGGUUCCGCCGAAUCGCAAUGCAUCACCUGUCGUUCUGGUCGCUUUGCUCUCGAUGGCAAAUGCUUAAAUAAUUGCCCGGACGGUUACUAUGCGGACAAGAAGCGUCAGGAAUGUGUUGCCUGCCCGACUGGUUGUGCAACAUGUAGCAGCAAUGGCUUUUGCUUAACGUGCCAUGAGAAUUGGACGCGCAACAAGAAGGGCAAAUGCAUUAUAUCUGGCAGUGAGAAUUGUGACGAAUCUGAGUACUACGACAACAAUCACUGCCACACCUGUCACUCCACCUGCGAAACCUGUGAUGGACCCACCGAAUCGAAUUGCCUCUCGUGCCCGCAAAGUUUACUCCUACAAUCGCAUCGCUGCGUCAGUAGCUGUGAUGAUGGCUUCUACAUGGAGGCGGGCAUUUGCGCGAAAUGCCUGCACACUUGCACCCAGUGUGUGUCACGAAUGAAUUGCACCGCCUGCGCCAAAGGAUUGCAACUGCAAAGCGGCGAAUGUCGCACUACCUGCGCUGAUGGCUAUUACAGCGACCGUGGCACCUGCGCUAAGUGUUACCUCAGCUGUCACACCUGCAGCGGACCGCGUCGUGACCAGUGCGUUCAGUGUCCGACAGGUUGGCAGUUGGCUGGCGGCGAAUGUCAUCCCGAGUGCCCGGAGGGUUUCUACAAGUCUGAGUUUGGCUGUCAGAAGUGUCAUCAUUAUUGCAAAACUUGCAACGGUGCCGGUCCACUGGCCUGCACAUCCUGUCCGCUGCAUUUCAUGCUAGACGGUGGCCUCUGUAUGGAGUGCCUGGGCUCACAAUACUACGACUCACCCACGCAAACAUGUAAAACGUGUCAUGACUCGUGUCGUUCCUGCUCCGGGCCUGGCCAAUAUUCGUGCAAAACGUGCGCUUUCCCCUUACAUUUGGAUCGUUUGAAUAAUCAAUGUGUGCCCUGCUGUCCCACCGAUGCGGCACCGGAGGAUCAGUCAUGCUGUCAUUGUGAUAAGGAUACUGGCGGUUGCAUCAAUGCAUCACCGGCGGGCAAACGUCGCAUUGCGGCGGCCGCUGAGCAACAACAAUUCGGUAGUGCAUAUAGUGGCGGCUUGUAUGGCGGUCUGUUGGACGAGGAUGCUGUGGGCGGCAAUGGUGGCGCCUUCGGUGGCUUCUUUUCGCGUGUGGGUUCACCGCUGACGACAAUUACUGCCAUUGCGGUGGCCGCAUGUCUGUUGGUCAUCACUGUGUUUGCGCUCAUAUUUGCUGUGCUGCAGCGCACCAGCAAUCGCUCCGUACGCGACACCGCACGAUACAACAAAAUUCCAAGUAAAUCGCGAAACUCAAGAGGAGGCAAUGGAGGUGGACGCCGUAAUGCAGCAGCAGCCAAACUAUUAAAAACAGAUGCCGAAUCAAAUUUACCAGACUGCGCAGCCUACGAUGAGGAUGAGGAUGACGAGGACGAUGAUAUUUAUGAUUACCGCGAUAAUUGCGAUGAGGUGAGCACGGCAAUGCCGUUGGAUGAAGAGGAAUGCGGCAAUGAACCGGAUGUGCCCACAGUAGACUACAGGAAAAUAGCAAAUGCAGCAACGAGCAGCAAUGCAGCAGGAAGAGCAAAAACAAUAAGACCAACAGCAGCGACAGCAACUGCAACAAAAACAAUACCAGCGGCGAGGACAGAAACGAACACCUCAGCAAUGACGGCAAUGCUGGGUGAUAUCGAUGACAUCGAAUACUAUUGUCGCGGCACGAAAGCCGCACUGCAACAACAACAACAGCAACAGCAACAGUCAUCAUUAACAAUAGCAGCCAAAGCAACAUCAACAACUACAGCGCAAGGCAAUGAUGUUGAGGAGAUGAAUGAGCUGCAUCAAAUUGUGCGUCAGGCACGCAAAUCGGUCAGCAACAAUACGACGAGCAUCGCCAGUAGAAGUGUGCCACCGCGGCUGCCAUUUCUGAAACGCAUCGAAACGCAACAACAACAACACCGAGCGGCACCAAUUAAUGGAUUGAAUACGGCGACGGACAAGCAAAUGCUGAACGCCAGCGAAAGGACAUAGAAGGACAUCUGCACAGCUGAUGACAGGUGAUGAGAGCAAGCAAGUAAAACAUUGCGUUUGUGAUUGUGUAUAAAGCGAAAGAAAAACAAAAGAAUUGUAAAAAAUGUUAGUAGCUAAAAGCUUUUUAUUAGUAAAAUGAUUUAUAACUCAACUAAAAAUGAAAAUGAAAAUGAGCAGAUAAGAAUGUAGGAAAUUAUUAAAGAAGAAAGAAAACAAAAACAGAACCAAGCAAACUUUGUAUGAUUGCGCGCCACGGCGUGCAAAUGUAUGAAAGCUAAAAUAUAUGUGAAGACUAAGGCGUUAAUUAUAAAAAACGAGAUGUCCUAGGAGCAGCAGUUUAAGAGGAAUGAAAAUUAAAACAAAAAAACAAAAACUCUACAAACAUCACUCAAAAGAAAAGUAAAAACAAAUUCCAACUCGGGCGCUGAAAAUGGCUGAGCAGUGUUUUGUGAUCAAUAAAAUUAGUUUUACAAUGGUUGUUGUUGUUGCAACAGCAUAAAAUAUGCUCCUCCAUGUAAGUGUGAACACUUUGAAAAGUGCUGCUGCUGGUCAUGUUUUGAGUGGUUGCAGAACCAGGCCUUCCCAGAUACAUAGGAAAAAUUGGCACGGAAGGCCUGGGUUUGUGUGAAAGCUAUAAAUACAACAACAAAAUAUAUUAUAUAAAUAUAUUUUUGGGUGUAUAAACGCAAUUUUGGGUGUAUAAACGCAACAAUAAAACACAUUUGGGAAGCAAAAAAUAAAUUUGAAAAAAUUAGAGCCAAACAAAAAAAACUUCGCUGUGGAGAUACUUAAAUUACUUUACUACUUGCUAAACAUUAAUUUUUAUUAAAGUAAGAUUCUAAAAAACUUAAUUUAUUUAAUUUCAUUAGAAAGCCAAAUACGCUCCACAACUGCGGACAACGGCUUCAUACAGUUUGAAAAUUUUCAAAACACUCGCCGAUGCAUGGCAUAAUUAUAUUUCAUAGUUAUCAAUAUAUUCAUGCAUUUCACACAAGAAAGAGAAGCCACUUUGUGGAUGAAGUAGAUUAAAAAAAUUCUUUUUGGCGAUUCUUUGCCUGUAAAACUGCUUCAAAUUACAAUAGUAAAAUAUUUCUUAUCAUUCUUGGUUUUUAUAGUCUACAGAUAUCCCAAAUAACCUUAGUUCAAAUAAAAAUGAGCAAAAAAAAAUGUUUCAGUACUUUUAAAAAGUAUGCUCGUUUCGACACGGCGGUUGUAUAUGGGUUAAACAGGAGCAAGGCGGGAACUGUCCAGCACAGCAAACAACAUUUUCAGCGAUUCAAUAGAAUAUUUGGCGACUUUUCUUAUAAACUCACAUCAGUUUAGUUGAAAUUAGUGACAUUUUCAGCGCCCGCCAGGAGUAUUUUUUACUUUAUCUACAGUAUGAACACGAUAAACGCAACUAAUAGAAAUCAUUGCAAAAAAAUGUGUAUGGCCGUUGCCCUUUGCAAUGGAAAAGUUAACUGGAAAAAUUAUCAGAACUAUUUUGUCAAAUAGAAAACACGGUUUUUAUUAAAACAUAUUUUGAAUUUUUUUAAAAUAACUAAAAAUGUUUGGACUUUUUUGUCACCAAAAAGUUUGAAAUCCAGUGCCACGUAGUUUCUGCAAUACUUGUAGUUCGCAUUAUUUCAUUGUGUAUGACAUAAGAUUUUGAUGGGAAAAAUUUUUUAUGUCAAAACAUUUUUCGUAAAAAACGUAUUUUAUGCCAACACAUAUUUUAUGGCAAUAUGAAUUUUAUUGCAAAACAUCUUUUGUGGCGAAACAUUUUUUAUGGCAAAGCAAUUUUGUGUCGGAACAUUUUUACGUCAACUUAUUUUUUUAUGCAAACAUCUUUUAUACCGAAACAUUUUUUAUGGGAAAGCAUUUUCAUGGCAAGGCAUUUUGAUUCUGAAACUCGUAUAUGUCAAUACAUAUUGUGUGGCAAAACAUCUUUUAUGGCGAAACAUUUUGUGUGGCAAAACAAUUUUAUGUCGGAACAUUUUUACGUCAACUUAUUUGUUUUAUGGCAAAACAUCUUUUAUGGCGAAACAUCUUUUAUGGGAAAGCAUUUUCAUGGCAAAGCAUUUUGAUUGUGAAACACUUAUAUAUCAAUACAUAUUUUAUAGCAAAACAUCUUGCGUGGCGAAACUUGUAUGGCAAAGCAAUUUUACGUCGAAACAUUUUUACGUCAACUUAUUUUUUAUGGCAAAACAUCUUUUAUGGCAAAGCAUUUUUUAUGGCAAAACAUAUUUUAUGGCAAAGCUUUUUGAUUCUGAAACACUUACCAUAUAUGUCAAUACAUAUUUUACGGCAAGACAUCUUUUAUAGGAAAACAUGUUUUAUGGCAAAGCACUUUUAUGUCGAAACAUGUUUACGUCAACUUAUUUCUUAUGGCAAAACAUCUUUUAUGGCAAAACAUAUUUCAUGGCGAAACAUUUUUUAUGGCAAAGCAUUUUGAUUCUGAAACACGUCUAUGUCAAUACAUACAUAUUUUAUGGCAAAACUCUUUUUUUUUUGUUUUAGCAGAAAAUCAUUCCUGCAAAAUAUUUGGUCCUUACCGCAAUUUCGCUUUGACGCCCUACUAAAAUUCUAAAAUGCCAAUACAUUUCGUUUCAAAUUUGUCGUCCCAAAAACAUAUGAUAUGGCAAACGAUUUUUUUAUGGGAAAGCAUUUUCAUGUCGAAACAUGUGUACGUCAACUUUUUUCUAUGGGAAACAUUUUUAUGCCAACACAUUUUUUAUGGCAAAACAUUUUGAUUCUGAAACACUUUUAUGUGAAUACAUAUUUUAUGGAAACCCAUUUUUUAUGGUCGAACAUUUUUUAUUGCAAGCCAUUUUUUAUUUUUUCUGAAAAAGCAUUAUAAAAUAUUUGGCCCUAACCAUGUUUUUCGCUUUGACGAUCCACCAUAAUUAAAAAUGCCAAUACAUUUACGUCAACUUAUUUUUUAUGGGAAAACAUGUUUAUGCCAACACAUUUUUUAUGGCAAACCAUUUUCAGGGCAAAGCAUUUUGAUUCUGAAACACUUUGACACUAGUGACAUAUUUUAUGGAAGCCCAUAUUUUAUGGCCCACCAUAUUUUAGAGCCAACCAUUUUUUAUCGCAAGCCAUUUUUUUAUCGCAAGCCAUUUUUUAUUUUUUCUGAAAAGCAUUAUAAAAUAUUUGGCCCUAACAGUGUUUUUUGCUUUGACGCCCCACCAUUAUUUAAAAUGCCAAUACAUUUCACGUCGAAAUUUGCCGCUAAAAAAUGGCAUAAUGCAAGUCUCCGGCAACCAUCGUAGAAUUGCAUAUAUUGCAAGAGUUACGUUUAUCGUGCGCAUACUGUAGUUGUCAAAGGAGGGCAUUUCGCUGACAUCAAGCACUGAGUUGGCUUUCUUGAAAAAUGUAUAUGAGUGUGUAAAUUUCAUACUUUUCUUCAAAUAACUUUUUUUGCACCCCACACCUAUGUAUGUAUCAGUAAGUACACCCGUGAGCAAAGAGAAAACAAAUGCUAUCAACUCUCCAUGUAUAACUACUAUAUCUCUUUAUAAGUGAAAAUAUAUUAUAGAAGUAAAUUUAUUGCAGAAAUCUGCUUGUACGUAAAUAAACGCUAACAGCGAAUCGUCAAAGUGCGCCUAACUCAUCUGGCUCAUCUCGUUUUGUCUUGAAUUUUUUAAGACACAAAAUUUCAACAACAAAAAUUAUAUAAAAAUAUUGCAAUGAAAGCGUAUCUAAAAACUGUAAAAAUUAGGCAACCACUCACUGCUUUAAAACUUUUUGAUUUUAUUUAAAAUGCAUAUUUUAGUUAGAUUUCUAUUAUAAAUAUAUAUUUUUAAUUAAUUAUAUUUUUAAUUAAGUGUACCCAACAGCUCUUUAUAUACAAAUGUCUGUAUUUUUUGUUUUUUAACUUUUUUGGUCCAUUUCAUUAGCUCCCGCUUAUAUUUAAGACAGAUGUCUGUAUCCUCAAUAUUUUAUAUACAUAAAUGCUCUAUAUGCAUUAUCACUUAUAUACGUAUUACUCUUUACUUAUUUACUUGCAUACAUAUGUACACAUAUUUUAGAAAAGUUUAAGAAAUGUAUUUUUUGAAAUUCCUUUACAAUUACAAUUGUUAAUUUUUUUUUUUAAUUUAGGAUUGCAAUAUAAGUAGAGUAAAUUUUACUUGUAUGGAAUAUAUUUUUGUGAGUAUACUGUAUAUAUAAAAAAAUUAUUAAAAAACAAAGCGAAAAAUUUCGAUUUUUGUUAAUAGACAAAUAAUGGACAGGGUUCAGAUAUUCACAUGAAAUAUUUUCACAGUGCAAUUGAAAUGUUUGAAUGGAAAUACAUUCAAGAGGAUUCCUACAUAAGUUUUGAGCAGUAAAACUAAUUAUUUGUAACUAUUUUACCGUGGGCGCCGACUGCUUGCUUGAUGAGAGAGAGUACUUCGCUUUAUGCGCAUUCACUAACAGACCCAUUCGUUUCGCUUCUGUAUCCAGCUUAGAAAAGACAGAGCCAAUGCCAACAAUUUUACGCUGUUAUAAAAAAUGUUGCCUGACCGAUUUAGUUCUGCGGCUCAAACAAUAUUUAUUUUUAAGCAUUGCAAAGGCUGCUUUUGCUUUAUUUGCUCUAGCAGACUGGUAUUACAUAAUGAAUUAUAGUCUCGAAGCGCGCGAGCAAUGGGUGCAAAUUUAGUCUUAAAAAGGGUAAAAAUUGCGAAGACUUCUUCAAGGAACAUUAAAGCUUAUUUGCAAGUAGAUCUGGAUAGUCGACGGAGCCAUUAAGAACACUGAACAUAAACGAAAUGAAAAGGACUGCUCUCCUCUUUUCAAGUUUUCAAAAGAUUCUAGAUUAAUUUGUUUGAGCCGAGAAUUAUAGGGUGGAACAGGCGACACAAAUCGGAGGGAAAGUUAUGCUUGCUUAAUAUGCAUUUUUUGAGAACACUUUAUUUAUGUAUAGAAAGUUGGUCGUAAGGCCUCCAAAUGAUAACAGCGAACUCUAAGAAUAAGAGAACGAACAAGAGACGUAAACAGCAGUUACCCAUAAACUGAUCAAAAAAUUCAGUUGUACUGCGACGCAUGAAGCCUAGAAGCGAAUACGAUUUUGAAAGAAUAAAAUUAAUGUGGCCGUUGAAGGGAAAUUUUGUAACGAAUUAUACUCCAAGAUUCUUAAACUCAGUUACAGAUUCCAGUACAUCAUUUGAAAUGGUGUAGGAUGUGCUAAAAAUGCAUUCAUGACGCCUCGAAAAUGUUAAAUGGAAACAUUUUUUAAUAUUUAAGGAUAUAAACGACUUUUUACACCAACGACGAAGAUUGUUCAAGUCGAGUUGAAGCUUCUGAGCAUCCACUGAGACCUUAAUAGAUGAGGAGAUUUUUAAAUCAUCCACGAAAAGCAAGAAAUUAGGAAAAGUAAAACAUUUGCUUAUGUGAUUGAUAAAAAUGAAGUAGCAACAAAGUGGUUCGAUAAAACUCCAUAAAUUUUUACCACACACCGUCUGUCCAUCAAAUAUGGCUUAAACCAUUGCUGAAAGGUGGAGUGAAAUCCCAAGCAAGCCAACUUGUGUACUAAAAUCUCGUGCGACACUUUGUCAAAUGCCUUAAAGAAGUCAGUGUAGACGAAAUCAACUUGGCGCCCUUUAGAAAACGAUGAAAUACAAAAUUCGCUAAAAACAGCAAGAUUAGUAGCUGCAGAACGGCCAGUUACAAAACCAUGUUGCUUUGGAUUAAUUAAAGGCUUAACCGCAAACUAAAUUUUGUCCUUUACAAUGCACUCAAACAGUUUAGAGAUGAUUGAUAGCUUGGAAAUCGGCCUAUACCUGCGAGCAACAUUUUUGCUUCCACUUUUAAAAAAAGGUGUAAUGAUUGUAAACUUUCACACCUCUCUGGUGUUUUCUAUGCCUGUUCAGUGUCUAAUAUUUACGCAACCAGGUUAUUUGCUUGCUUCCAAUAUUUCGUCUUCCUUCUUUUUUACCUUCCAAGAUGAGUUGCAACAUGAUUUGCAAGUCGAAUUGGUUGCUUGAAGAAAUAGCAGAUGUCGUCUGCCUAAGCCAUAUCGUGAAAAUGAUCCACGAUAAUGCAAUAAUGUAAAUGUUCUUCUGCAAUAUUUGUCAAUUGCUUUGUGUAAAACCUCGUCAAUCACAAUCAGGAGCAUUUUUUUUUCGAAAAUACUCUUCCAUCGUACACGGUUCUGUGCUGUUGUUUUUGCACCGUCCACUGAGAUGUCAGCAUCUGCUAGUUCGCGCAAUAUCGACCUUCUACAAAUGGUUUUUGGUCACUGCUCUCUUGCGAGUGUCACUCCAGUGCCAGUCCAGUGCCAUUCUCGUAAUGCCAUAUGGUGGUUUUGUCAAUAUGUGAUCUAUCCAUCGCCACUUUCUGCGUUUGAUUUACCUAAGAUGAGUUCCUCGUUCGUCAAUCUCCAGGAGUAGGGGAGCAAAUAUGCAUGUUUGCCUGACACCCGUAACUACAUUUUUUUUUGGUGGGUGAAGUAUGGAACCCUACUUGCCUUCGCACUUACAGCGACCGUCGUCUACUGCGUCGCGUGAUGCGGCCACUAAAACGAUCCCUCCUCUCCUUUUGGGAGACACCCUUCCCGGGAAUGCUUUCUGUAUUACUUCGGGAGGGCCCAGAAUGGCAUCCACAAAUGGCAAAAUGGCAUUCACUCACGUCUGGAUCUACCAUAUUUGUAGCCAGCUUUGAUGCUAUAGGCUCGUCUUCUUGUGUCUCUAUCUGUGCGGCUUCACUUUGUUGCACUGUGUCGAGGUCAAUCUUUUUUUUCCGUAGUACGUUCUCGAUAUAUUUCUUUACCGCGUUCCAGUUGUCCUCGUGUUUGAGUAUUUUUCUGAUUAAUAUAUGUCCACUAAAUAUUGAGACUUACUUCUGGCAUACGCCAUUUGAGAACAAGAAUUUUAUUUUUAUUUGGUACUUACAUAUGAAAAAUACAUUUAGAUUACACUCAAUGGCCCAUUGUUGAGUAGAGCGAAUGUUCUGAUUUAACUUUUGGACGGUACUUAUAUCGAUUUCUUUCAACUUGCGCUUGAUUCGAUUGAUCAACUGUUGCUUUCGUACCCCCCAGCCUUUUUUUGCACCAUCCGCUUGAGAACUGCCCAGAAAUUUUCUAUUGGACGUGCCUGUGGCACGUUUGGAAGAUUGUCCUUUUUUGGCUCAAACGGUAUUUUUUGCUCAGUUUUUUUUUUGCAUAAUGGCAGCUUGCAAGGUCUGGCCAAAACAUGAUUGCGUCGCUACUGUGAUAUUUAUCCAUAAAUUUCUUCAGUUUUGGCAAGCAUUGACCGAUAUAAACGUCAGCAUUGAUCGCUUUGGCUUUGUUUUUGCGAAUCAAUGGUUCUGAAACACCCUUCGAAGAAAUGGUCCCCCACACGAGCACCUUUAGCUCAAAUUUUGAUUUGCUGGCUUAUUUAACCUCGUUUGGUGUUGUUUUGAUGUUGUCAGUGUAAAAACUGUCGUUGCCACUCAAUUCAUGAUGAGAAAAUGUGACGUACGAUUCAUCAUCCAAAAUUAUGAAUUUGUCAUUCGGAAAGUGUUCACUACGAAGUGCACGGCAGCAAAUUGGUAUUUUUUCGAGUUGUUUCGCUGUACAUUUUGGUGCUUGCUUACGUUUACGAUAAAUUGCAUUCAAAAUCUUGUGAACGCCAGACUUUGAAAUGAUUGACCAACCUUGUUUAUGGCACUUCACAGCAGUUUUUUCGUUGUUGCGGCACUUACUUUUGGUGGGCGACCCGGUAUAACCUUUAUUUUCGGUUCUUUUCCAUUCCGGCAAUCUUUCAAAACACGAAAAAUAGUCGCACGGCAGAUUGGUUUAUCUUCAAACACCCUCAGAAUUUCACUUUUACUGAGUCGUCCAAACGAUUGGCGACAGAUUUACACAAAUCCAGCUUGUACGGCAUUUUGAAUAGAAACUUUCGCGUAAUAUGAGCUUGACAGUUAGGUAAAUAUAAUCACACUUGAGCAUGACAAGUGAAUAGAGCUACAUCUGUGUGUUUCUUUAUGUACUCAAAUAUUAUAUAUGUCUGAAGUUAGUCUCAAUGCUUAGUGUUGCUCGGCGCGAUGUCGCCAAUCUGCUCCCUCAGAGCAUUUUUUUCCGCGAGCCAUCUGUUACAACUAAAAAACGUGUGUUCAGCGUCACCACUCAGCGCUUCACAGUAUAUGCACUUGGAAUCGGCUACCUUGCACAUGCGGUAUAGGUAUCUCCGGAAGUAUCCGUGGCCCGAGACUAACUGAGUUAAGAAGUAGUUCACUUCCGCGAUGUGCCUUUGAACGUAUUUUUCAAUUGAUGGAAUAAGUUUCGCCGUCCAUCUGCCACUCGGUUCAGUGUCACAUCGGUUUUCUAAUGGUUUGGCAUCUCCGUUCUAAGAAGCUAGUGAUGGCGUGUUUCUUUUUGGAGUCCCACGCAUCUAUUUGUUCCCGGAUCAUGAAGUCAACAGGUAUCUUCCCGCUGUUCACGAAAAUUGCUGCGCCUGAGACAGUGCGGUAGGCUGAGGCAACUCUGAGUGCCGCUGUUCGCCACAGUCACCUUGUGCUUGGCUUUGCAGUUUAGUACAAUUCCCCAUACUUCGCUGCCGUACAGGAGAAUUGAGCUUGUGGCCGCCAUAAUUAGCUUUCUUUUGCUCUGUGUUGGCUCACCGAUGUUUGCCAUUAACCUACUUAGCAUACCCGUGACCUUUGCUGAUUUGGUAGCCGCAUGCCCUAUCUGACCCCAGAUGGAUAGUAGAAAGUAAGCGUGCAGUCAAGUUGAAUACCUAAGUAUUUCACUAAUUUUUGGGUCACUAAGUGACCUCGAGUAGCAUUUGACCUCGUGUCUUAAAGAUGACUUCGGUUUUAUGUUUGGCGAGUUCCAGACCGUGGUCCUUAAGCCAUAUUUGCGUCCUUAUCAUGACUUGGUUCAGCUUCUUACUAGCGUCCUCAGUGUCUCGAGCUCAUAUGACUGCCGCUAUAUCGUCCACGUAUCCCACUUUAUAUGUACCUUCCGGCAUUUCUAGCGCUCAAUAUCUCAUCGUAGCUCAGAUUCCAGAGAUCGGGGCCGAGAAUAUACCCUUGAGCUACAUUAGACGUUAUCGCUUUUGUUUUUUUGGCCAUCUGGUAUGUCGUACAGCAGUCCACGCUCACCCAGGUAGCUCCAGAGAGUCCUUAGCAGGUAUGCAGGUAUUCGAAACCUUUCUCGUAGUAUCUUUAUAAUGUCUGUACAUCGUAGACUGUUAAAGGCGUUUCGUACAUAAAGCGUUGCCAGGACGGUGAUGCGGUUCGGGUAGUGGCGUCUGCGUUAAGCGCUGCUUGCAUUGAUCGGCCCUGAUAAUCAGGAAUACGACACGAAUUUUUUUAUUUUCCUUUUUCAAUCUCCAGCCUCAUUAUUUUUAUAUUGUAUUUAGACAAAAUUUCGAUGUUAUCCAACUGCAGAGAAUUUUGAUUAAAAUUCAAUCGAAAUGAAAUCCUAUAAUUGUGCAUGCAAUCGAAUUAUCAUGUUUUUGUUGUUAUUUAAUAUGAGUACGAAUUAUUAUGAUUUGUGUAGAUAAUUAGCAAAGAUAAAUGCAAAAACCCUACAAAAGCGACAUGCAAAUGUUAUGUAAAUUAUGUAAAAAAAUAGAGUAGAAUGCAAGUUACAAAAAACAAAAGCAAAAAAAAAACAAAAAAACAUGGAAAUUAAAAUUAAAAUAAUAAACUAUUGUAAAA